AUGCUUCUUAGCAUCGAGGCUGCCGGUUAUCCAGGUGUCCCUGUUAUAUUUACCACCUCGCAACUCGCCGGCUGGAAGAAGGUCACUGAUGCAGUGCACGCCAAGGGAGGUUUCAUUCUCUGUCAACUUUGGCACGUUGGUCGUGCGACUGUUCCUUCACUCACCGAGGGCAAGCAGGCUGUCAGUGCGAGCGAUAUUCCCAUCAGUGGCAAUGGCAUGGAGGGCACCGAGUACGCGGCUUCGCCUCCUUAUCCGAUGACUGUAGAGGAGAUUCAAGAACUCGUCAAGGAGUAUGCGGCUGCUUCUAAACGGGCCAUUGAGGCCGGAUUUUGA